AUGGAUAUUUGUUUGUUAAAAUUCGUGAUAGCGCUAACAAUUAUUUGCAGUCAAGGUGUUGUGUCACGAGAAGAAGAUAAAGAUGAUGAAUACUUGUACAAAGAGAUUUGUUACGAAGAAGAAUCUUCGGAAGAUGAUCAAACGCAAGAUGUCAACGAUGAUGGAUACACUGUGAUACCGCCAACAGAUUUUCAGCAAAACCCAGAAAAACGAACGAAGUGCAUAGUGAAAAAGGUCCCCAAAUGUAAAACUAGCAAGUACGGAUGCUGUGCCGAUGAAAUAACAGCAGCCUCUGGAUUUAAUAAACUUGGGUGCCCGAAACACAUUGUCAAAAGCAAUGUAACGACGGAAGAAAGCCCCAUGGUUUGUGAAUCCUCGGUCUAUGGCUGUUGUCAAGAUGGCAGGACUCCGGCACAUGGACCAGACUACGAAGGCUGCUGUUUACUUUCCGAGUUCGGCUGUUGCCCUGAUAACUUCACGCCUGCUGAUGGACCGGAUCCUGAAGAUUGUGACUGUUCAUAUACACGCUUUGGAUGCUGUCUUGACUGGUCGACCGUCGCACGCGGACCUAACGAAGAAGGGUGCGGAUGCCAAUUCUCGUGGAAUGAAUGUUGUCCAGAUAGGAUUACUCCAGCUAGUGGGCUCAAUUUUGAAGGUUGUGGCUGCCACACAUAUCAGUUCGGUUGCUGUCCUGAUGGUGUCACACCGGCAACAGGAGCAGACCUGCUGGGAUGUUCGUGUAACGAAAGCAAAUACGGAUGCUGUGGGGACGAAGUAACAGCGGCCAAAGGACCCAACAAAGAAGGGUGCGAUUGUUCAAACAGUAAAUACGGCUGCAUGCUGGAUGGAGUAACUGAAGCUAAGCAAAAGACAUUACGUAAUCGUGCUAAACCGAAGCGAUUGACUCAAUGCGCCCUUCCCCUGGAGCGUGGACCCUGCGCUGGUAAGAAUAUUAGAUGGGGCUUCGUACCAUCAACGAGGCGUUGCGCCCCAUUCAUCUGGGGAGGAUGCCAAGGCAAUGCCAACAGAUUUGACACGGAAGCCGCGUGCAUGCACCGCUGUCAUCCACCUAACACCCUGCCAGCUAAAUGUGCCCGUGAACAAGAUGGGGGCAACUGCACCGAUAAGCAUCCAAUGUGGUGGUUCAGCCAGACGGAAAACACGUGUAAACCCUUCUACUAUUCAGGAUGUGGAGGGAAUGAAAAUCGCUUUGCAACCAAACAAGAUUGCAUGGACGUCUGUCCGAGUGUUAGUGGAUAUUGCAAGAUGCCGACAAAAAUCAAUCACAACUGCUCUGAGAUUGCAUUAAGAGGAUCUUUUACUGUAAAUAAUACAGGCGCAAUGAUUAAAACACAUGUACAUAAAGAUCAAAACCAGUGUGAAGUAAUAUGCAUGACGGAGUUGCCUUUGGAGGAAGAUAUGAUUGUCGCUACUUCAUAUAUGGAAUUACCACUUGUCAUGGCUUGUGAAGACCACAUCGACGCGGGCCCUUGCACCCGAGCCGAGACAAGAUGGGCUUACAACUCCACUAGCGAUAGCUGCGUGCAGUUUCAGUACGGAGGCUGCGGCGGAAACAAAAAUAACUUUAUUUCUCAAGACACCUGUCAACGCACUUGUUCCUCUGGCGAAGAUAUUUGUGAAUUGACACCAGUCCCUGGGCAUUGCACCAUCGACCAGAGACGAUGGUUCUACGAGCAAAGUUCCGACAGUUGCAAACAAUUCGCUGAUAACAUGUGCGGGGAGAACGGAAAUAGUUUUAAAAAUUUGGUUGACUGUCAACGCCGCUGCAGAAUAGGAUUCGACAUUAUGAACUUAUCUGUGGCAGUCAGACCUAAACCACAAAUCAAGCCGUUUAUAUCUAUAAUUUGCGAUGUCAUGGGGAAAGUGGAGGAGUGUCAACGUGCUAGUAUGGUUUGGUACUUUGACAAAGAACAGGACGGUUGCGUGUCGUACGAGAAUUCGGAGACUGGUAACACGUGCAUGGUCACAGGAGUCUUCGCAACGGAGGAACUGUGCGAGAGGGCCUGUGGUGCUUUCCAAGAUAUCGACGUUUGCAGUUUCGAGAAGGAUCCUGGGCCCUGUCAUGACUUUAGCCAAAAGGUGUAUUACAACAAAGCGACGGAUAGAUGCGAGAAUUUUACGUACGGAGGCUGUCGAGGAAGUCCAAACCGCUUCUCCACUAUGAGCGAGUGCGAGUACUAUUGCAGACCUGAAUACGAUCCUUGUCAACAGAGACCGGAUAUUGGAGAGUGCAGAAAUACAGAACCCAAAUGGUACUUCGAUGAACUAGAACGAAAAUGUUUAAUGUUUCUAUACACUGGUUGUGGCGGGAAUAGUAACAGAUUUAACACAAAGUCUGAAUGCGAGACUCGAUGUAUAAACGGUGAAAGAUUCUUUGGCUCAGAUUUUAAUGAACAGUAA